AUGACUACUUUUAUAGAAAAAUUUGGAAUUAACCUGGCCAUCAUUAAAGAGCUAGCACAGAAUUUGCUCGGAUUGAGAAAUAAGUAUGAGGGUAAUACACGACUGGAUGGACAGGUAGUGGUAAUAACUGGCGCUAAUCGGGGUAUCGGCAAAGAGACUGCAUAUCAACUAUCACUUCGUGGAGCAAAGAUAAUCAUUGGCUGUAGGGAUGAGUUGAGGGCAGAGAAUGCCAUCAAAGAGAUUGUGUCGAGGAAUCCAAACGCAAACAUAAUUCACAUUAAACUCGAUUUGUCUUCUCUUCAGUCGAUUCGGGCAUUCGUUCAACAA